GGAAGAGAGGUCAUGGAAUCCAGUAUUCCAGAUCUUGCAAUUGGACCUGGAAAGACGCGCAGCAAUGCGCUGCACCGAGAAGUCUUUGUUGGUCAGAUUCGAGAUUGGACGACAUUCAACCAUGAGAUCACCCAAUUUUACCACGGAAUCGACUGGAGGCAUCACCAGAAAGUAAUCUCAUACAAACCGGGCACCAAUGCCUCCACCUCAAAUAUCUUUCGUGCACGACUCUCUUGUGGGGAUGAGGCAGAUGUUCAAUGCCGAUUCAAUUCGAAUGUCGCGAUCUAUAUGAGCCCUAUUUGCGAUGCCGCGGGUGUGGAUAUAACCUUUGGCAGUUUUAAGACCUGCCUAAGAGUCCAAAGUAGCUCGGGUAUCCCUGAUGUUGUGUGUCGCACGAACGGUGGAGGACUCCGAGUAGUCGGGGAAGUCAAGACCCCAUGGAUCAUGGCUCACACGCUCGCUAGAGCCAAAGCUACUUUAGGACAGAUAGCCGCUUAUAUGCAAGAGGGAAAACUGAAGUGUGGUUUCAUUAUGAAUUAUAGUGAAACCAUAUUUGUCAAGCAGGAG